AUGAAUAGCUCGGACGGCAACGCCAGACUGCAAACACUGGCGAACAUUCUGCGCCUUGAACAGCGCAAAGACUUCCACGACGAAGCUGUGAUUGGCGGCUUGGACGCUUUCCUUCAGCGCUGGGGCGAUGACCUGGGGUCGUCGGCAAUAUUGCCAGCGCGUUAUGCAGAAAUGAGCGUAGCGCAGCGCCGCCGAUGGGCUGAAGACACGCUAACGAGAAUCGGCUCAGAGAGGUCGGCGCCCCCCGCUCCCCAAUCAACUUCCUCUGUGAAAGAACAAACGUCGCGCCAACCUGUAGCGGCAUCCGGUCGUUCCACCGCUCCCGCGCCGAAGUCUAUUGCUCAGGACAAGCCUGCACAGCCCAAGAGUCGCCGCGUCCCGCCGCGCAAGGCGUCUGACGGGCGAAAAACUGCCGCCAAGGCAACACCUGUCAGACUGAACGAUGAUGUCGCGCAGCUUAGCAGCGUCAAUUCCCGCACGAAGUCAAGGCUGAAGGUACUGGGCAUCGAGACCGUAGAAGACUUGGUAUUCCACUUCCCGCAUCGGCACGACGACUUCACCAGCAUUCGCACCAUAUCGCAGCUCGUGCCCGGCGAGACGCAGACUGUUGUAGCGGAAAUUGGGAAGUGUCGGAAACAGGACGCGGGCGCGUAA